UCAUAAUUCGUUAAGAGUCGACAACAAUCCGAAAUUAAACGUUGAGUGCGUAUUAUGGUUUAUUUUUCUUUAUUUGCUGUUUUAAAGUGAAAGUCUUCGGCGAUCUCUCUUAAUUCUAUUUUUUGUGAUUUUUCAAUUCUGACAGUUUUCCUGUGCAACAUACUCACCGAGUGUUUGGGAGAAAAAAAUAACCAAUUCUGAGUUUACUGAGGAAACUGAGGAUUUUGUACAUUUCCAGGGUUGUGUCGAUGAGAGACAUCAACAUAUUCCUCUUCGAUUUAAAAUUAAUGUAAUUAUCAUAAAAGUAAUACACAGACUAGAGCAAGGACUGAUGAUCCUUCCUUUGCCCUAGACCCUAAAUUAAUAUAUUAGCAUAGGACUGUGAGUAAAUUUUCAAUCUGUAAAGGAUCCCGCGCUUUUUCUCGAAUAUGGAGGCCCGUAAAAGAAGCCGUCGGAUCACCCGACCAGAAAAUUUUGUGUGUAUUCUUAAAGGAUCAACGGAACUAAUCUCAGAUUAUUUGAAUUACGGAAUCAAUAGCAUUCUUUUUCAACGUGGAAUUUAUCCUCCUGAAUCAUUCAAAGCUGAAGAGCAUUUCGGUCUUUCUAUUUUGGUCUCUACCGAUGAAAAAAUCAAUGAGUUCCUUCAGUCAGUUCUUACGCAGAUGAAAGAUUGGCUGAUGCAAGAGAAAAUCCAAAAGUUAUCCCUAGUCGUAACCAAUACUUCAACUAAAGAGGUUCUUGAGAGGUGGGACUUUCGACUUGAAUAUGAGAAAGAAAAUGUCAAAGAAGAAAAUGGAGAACUAGUUGGCAACAAAGAAUUAACAGUCAUACAGAAAGAGAUCAAAGAUGUUCUCCGACAGAUUUGUUCAACAGUCAGUUUCUUACCCUUAUUAGAUGCCCCCUGUGAGUUUGACCUACACAUUUACACAAAACCGGACUGUGAGGUUCCUGCCGAGUGGAAUGAAACCGGACCAUGCUUCAUUGCCAACUCCCAAGAGCUACAACUUCGAUCAUUCUCAACUUCCUUGCAUAAGAUGAACACAGUCGUCAGUUAUAAAACCGAAUAAUGGUUUUCCAAUUAACAUGUAUGUUUCAAUUUUUCCUGUUAUCCUCAAUUUUUUGAUCAAAAUUUCAGCCACCCACAGUUUGCCUCUUCCUAAUGUGCUGGAUUCUUGAUCUGUUGUUCAACUUGUUAGAAUUUCAGUUCCAAACAAGUUCCUAGUUGUUAUAUUUUAAGUAAGUUUUUCCUCAUGUUCGCCUUUUUACAUCUUUUUAAUUCUGAUACUUGUUAAUUCAAAUUUCUGCCUCAUUAUCAUAAUUGGAAGUAUCAGAAGAGUCUCUUCCGCCAGCAGAACUCAAAUGAUAUGACGAAGUCUCAGUCUUGUAACGACAUAUGAAAUCAUAGCAUUUACUUGAAAAAUGUAAUUAUGUAUCAUUAGUUGAACCCAAGUUUGGCUAAAUCCAAAAAUCAUAAUUUUCUUUUAAUUUGUUGCGUAAAAGACAAGCGAAUGCUCAACUUUUGUAAUUUUUUUUUUUUUUUUUUUUUUUGUAUUCAUGAUCAUCAAGAAAGUUAUUUAUCUGACAUCUUCCGUAGAGGAUACCUUUUUUGAAGUUCACCAGAACCUAAUUUUUAAUAAGCGGAAAGAUAUUUAAAUUAAACCUCACCGAGUCUUAAGAAAUUACUUAUUUUAAGUCUGUGAUUUUCUAAUUUCUAUGUACAAAUGAAGCUAGUAGGUACUUCCUAAUGAUUAACUUUAGUGUUAGCGGCCUUUUGGCGCAAGUUUUCUCUCAUAAGACGCCUCCCCUAUGCAUGAUUCUCUGUAAAUUCGAAGGAGCUGUAGAUUCAUAGGAGUAGAGACAAGGUCUCGGGUGCUGCCAUGAUCUUAUUGCUGUGUUCUGCUUAAAAUAUCAUUUAAAAUGCUAACUUAUAUAUUCAACUAAAUUAGUCGGUUAUUAAAUCUCAUUGAGCAAAAAGUACCCACUGGCGUUUCAACUGUAGAUCAGUGAUCACAAUUCUGUUCCAUAACCGAAAUUUUCCCUGCACUAAGGGCUAAUCUCUCAUGUAAAUGCCUUUCUUCCAAAGAAUUCUAAAUUUAAAAGAAUAAAACCAACAGCUGUUAUAAUAAAGUCAUUUUAUGUAAAAGAGUUUAGCUGCAAAAAUUUCAUAAUGUUGCAAGGAAAAACUUAUCCAUUCAGAACUUGUUUCAUUAAUAUCUAAAGGCUUGAACAAAAAAUGUUAGAACACUGACUCUCAUAGUCAGUCUGAAGAAAUUUUGUAUUGCAAUUUUGUGUAUACCUUUUUUACUAAUCGACUGUUGGCUCAUUCCGUCUUAUCUGCAUUUUUAGCUCUUGCAUCAGGAGCUGUAAUUGUGCAAGAUCUCAUCUUCUACUUUGUGUACAUGUCGCUAUGAAAAAAUACUUUCCCUCCUAUAAAGUGUGAAUAGUUCUGAAAUUACAAAUGUCUGAGUGAAAAUAACACCUCAAAUGUUGACAAUAAUAUUUUGUAAAAAGAACAUGGCUGUAAUAGAAUUAAGUGAGAGAACCAUAUGUGUCAUUACAAGCGCAACUUAACAUCUUCAACCACUGCUGCCUCAUCUUUUAGUUUGAAGAAGUGUGAACCACACUUUUCUUCAUAUUACUUUAACUGUAUUUUUACUAAUCAGAAUCAAUAAAGCAAGUAUACUUUUUA